CACUAUCCUCUCAACCUUUUACCUUGAACUCUGCAUGCACUUGAUCGCGCUCUUCACACACCCCAUCACACCCCAUAUUGCUUGCUAAUUCUCCGGUCAAACUGAGAAAAUUCAACUUUUUCCUGAUCGGCUGGAAACUUUCGCCUUUGUUGACUCGAUGCACGUCGUCUGGAGGAUACCGGAGCUCCGUGAACUCAUCUUGCAGAACCUCGAAGUAGGUCCCAAGGCCCGGCAAAAGCCUCUUGUUCCGCUCUCGCAGACAUGCCGUGACCUUCGCGAGCCCGCGCUCUGCCGACUGUGGACCUGGGUUUGCUCGUUUGAUAAGAUACUGAGGCUUCUGCCAACGUCGAAGCUGGAACCUGUCAGCCCGCCACCCGCAGGGACAUGGACGGUGAUGAGGCAUAUCGUCGGGACCAUAUCCCCCGCCGACGUUUCCCUCAUCCGCUACUACGGAAAAUUCGUCCGCACAUUCUGGUUCACCCAUCCACUCCAGAACGACCCAUGCAUACUGGCGACCGACUUGCGCCAGAUCAUCGACGCGAUGGGAGGUGAGCCACUGUUCCCGAACCUGUCGCGUCUCACGUACGACGGGCCGAUGUUUGACGAAUUUCUGCCCGCGGUACUCGUCCCCUCGAUAGAGAAGAUCGAGCUGGCGCUUCACCCUGGGAACUCCGAGCACUGGAAUCAGACGAUGGAGCUCCUGGCGCGGGGCGCACCGCAUACCAGCGACCUUCACUUGCGCUUGUUGAGCUGCACGCGCGAAGAGAGCGCGGACCUGCAAAAAAUUCUCGUCAAUCGGGCACCGAUGUUUACGAGGCUACAACUGCUGAGUCUGGAAUACCUCGACUCCGGCACGGCGCUCUCAAUCGCAUUGCUCCCGCGCGUGCUGGACCUGUCCAUAUCUGUCAGAUACCCGCCCAUCUCUACAGAGUUCGCCCGCCUGCAGCCUGCGAGCCUCUCACUACACUCUGGCAGCCCCAUUCAAAUUCUCCAGGCUGGGGUCUCGAACGAGUAUACAGGCAGGCGCGCGCGAACGUGCUUCGGCGCGGACAUCCUGGCGCUCCUUCGCCCCCGGGCCCUCCGCCACGUAAACGUCAGCGAGAUCACCGGCCCCGCGCAUAUGCGCCACCUCUGCGAGCUGCUCGGGCGACACUGCUCCGACACGCUAGAGACCCUAACCCUUCGGGGCUUUGGGCCGCGCGACCAUGCGCGCGUGCGGCUCUCGGACGUCGCGCCGCUGCUCGAGUGCGCCAAUCUCGAGUCCGUCGUUCUCUCGUCUGUGCACUUCCGCCCGGCCGAGGCGGACCUCCCGCGCCUGGGGCGCGCGUGGCCGCUGCUCCGCCACCUCGCCAUCGAGGACCGCACGCACGACGGUCUCUACCCGCUUCGCGCGCUCGCCACGUUCGCGACGAGCUUACCGAGCCUGAGGACACUCCAGGUGUGCCUGGAUGCGACCGACGCCAGAUUUCUAGAUAGCGCGGUGCUGGACACUUCGCUCGCCCCAUUCGCGCACAGCGUCGCAUCUCAGUAUGCUGAGCAUGUUCGUAUGCGAGGGGACGCUCGAGUCUCCCACGCUCGUGGCGUCCUUUCUAGCGAAGAUCUUUCCUGCGCUUACACAGGCAGGAAUGCGCAUACCUGGUGGGGGUGAUUAUGAAGGGUGGACGAAGGUGCGAGAGGCCUUGAAGGAGCAAGCGGAAGCGCGCACAUAGGAUGGGUUGUUGUACCCAAGUAUCUGAGAGGAGAAAGGAUGUCAGUAGGAGCAUUGAGGUCAACUGUGUAUCUGAACAUGCUACAUGAAUACUCAUGUAAAGCCCUUAUGCAAACUUCCUUCCAGCACCUACGUCGUCACGUCGCUUCUCCAUCCGAAUGAGUCGCGCCGCUCCCUUCCUGGGUCCCGUACCGUCUCAUCCCACCAUACAAUAUCUCCAUACAUCUCUCUACAGCGUAUCAUAUAGCUCUUUGCUAUCUCUAGCCUCU